AUGGUGGCCGCUGGGCUCCCGGUGUGGUUGUUCCUGCAGCCGGGGGCCAGGACCUUGCGUGCCUUUUCUACCGCGGUGUCUCGGACCACUCGAACACAGAGAUCAAGCUCGCGUACAACAGAAAGCAUUAAAAUGUACAGAAAUGAAAGGCUGAUGAGAAGAAAGGCACUGCCUCCUAGGACAGAGAAAAUAAUUGUUGACUAAGACUGGCCUAGUGUUUACCCUGUUGCAGCAUCAUUUAAACCCUCUGCAGUACCUCUUCCUGUUCGAAUGGGUUAUCUAGUAAAGAGGGGAGUGCCCAUGGCAAAGGAGGGAAAUCUAGAACUUUUAAAGAUCCCCAAUUUUCUGCAUUUGACCCCUGUAGCAAUUAAAAAACACUGUGAAGCUCUUAAAGAUUUCUGCACUGAGUGGCCAACUGCACUAGACAGUGAUGAGAAAUGUGAGAAGCAUUUUCCAAUUGAAAUAGACACAGCUGAUUAUAUUUCAGCAGGACCAUCUGUUCGAAAUCCUAAAGCACAAGUAGUAACAUUAAGGGUUAAACUUUCCAGUCUGAAUUUAGAUGAUCAUGCAAAGAAGAAACUUAUUAAACUUGUAGGAGAGCAAUACUGCAAGACCACAGAUGUGCUUACUAUCAAAACAGAUAGGUGCCCUUCAAAGAGACAGAAUUAUGAUUAUGCAAUGUAUCUACUAACAGUUUUAUAUCAUGAAUCUUGGAAAACUGAAGAAUGGGAAAAAUAUAAGAAUGAAGCAGACAUGGAGGAGUAUGUUUGGAAAAAUAGCUCCUCAGAAAAAAAUAUCCUGGAAACACUUCUCCAAAUUAAAGCUGCUGAGAAAAAUACAGAAGUGAAUAAAGAAGAGCUCCUUGGUACUGAAGAAACUGAAGAUUACAGAAAGUCUGUUACUAGUCUUAAGAAUGAGGCGGAAAAUGAAAAUACCAUUUCUCAGUACAAAGAAUCAGUCAAGAAGUUAUUGAAUUUGACAUGA